CUCAACAUCCUACCUUCUCUCCUCCACCAAUUCCCACAAACUGUUGACAGGAUGAAGUGGGUCACCUUUAUUUCCCUUAUUUUCCUCUUCAGCUCUGUUCAUUCCAGGGAAAUCUUCCGUCGAGAUGCACCUAAGAGUGAGGUUGCCAAACGGUAUAGAGAUUUGGGUGAAAAGAAUGUGAAAGCCUUAGUGUUGAUCACAUUUGCUCAAUUCCUCCAGAAAUGCCCAUUUGAAGAUCAUGUAAAAUUAGUGAAUGAGUUUACAGAAUUUGCAAAAGGCUGUGCUGCUGAUGAGACAGCAGAAAAUUGUGACAAAUCCCUUCACCAACUUUUAGGCGAUGAGCUAUGUAAAGUGGCAAGUCUUCGGGAGAGGUAUGGCGAAAUGGCAGACUGUUGCGCUAAAGAAGAACCUGAGAGAAAUCAUUGUUUCCUAAGCCACAAAGACGACCACCCAGAGCUCCCUAAAAUUACAGCGCCUGAACCUGAAGCUCUGUGCAAAGCCAUCGAAGAGAAUGAAGACAGAGUCACAGGAUACUACCUGUAUGAGGUUGCCAGAAGACACCCCUACUUCUAUGCCCCAGAACUCCUUGCCUAUGCUCAUCAUUAUAAGGAAACAGUGAAAGAAUGUUGCCAUGCUGCUGACAAAGGCACAUGCCUCGAUGAAAAGCUCUCUGCUUUAAGAGAGAAAGCAUUAACCUCCGGUGCAAAACAGAGAUUCCAAUGCUCCAGUUUAGACAAGUUUGGAGAGAGACCUCUCAAGGCUGGGCUCAUAGCUAGGCUAAGUCAGAAAUUCCCUAAGAUUGAAUUUGCUGAACUUCACAAAAUAGUGGAUGAUCUUGCCAAGAUUUAUACAGAAUGUUGUCAUGGUGACCUGUUGGAGUGUGCUGAUGAUAGGGUGGCUCUUUCUGAAUACAUCUGUAAUAACAAAGACACCAUCUCCAGCAAAGUGACAGCCUGCUGUGACAAGCCUCUAGUAGAGAAGAGCCAGUGCCUUGUUGAUUUGGAGAAUGAUGACAUUCCUGCUAACCUCCCUGACCUCCUUGCUGAAUAUGUAGAAACCAAGGAUGCUUGCAAAAACUACAAAGAAGCAAAAGAUCUCUUCUUAGCCAACUACUUGUAUGAUAAUGGAAGAAGACACCCUGAGCUUGCUCCUAUCGUACUACUGAGGAUUGGCAAAGACUAUGAACACACACUUGAAGAGUGCUGUGCCACAGAUGACCCUCCAACUUGCUAUGCCAAAGUGGCUGAACAUCGGCAAGCUAUUAUCGAUGAUAGUAACCAUGUAGUCAAGGAAAAUUGUGAUCUUUUGGAAAAAGUUGGAGAACAAGAUUUUGAAAAUGCAUUGCUGGUCCGUUAUACCAAGAAAGCACCUCAAGUAUCAACCCCAACAUUGGUCCACCUUGCACAUAAAUUUGCAAAUGUUGGCUCUAGAUGCUGUAAACUCGGUGACAAUGAGAAAAUGAGAUGUACUGAGGGCUUCCUUGCUAUUGUACUCGACAAAAUGUGUCGCCUGCAUGAGAAGACCCCAGUGAGUGAGAGAGUCACCAAAUGCUGCACAGACUCCUUGGUGAACCGCAGGACCUGCUUCACUGCCUUGGGAACUGAUGACACAUAUCAACCCAAGCCAUUUUCUCCAGAUACAUUCACCUUCCAUGCUGACCUGUGUACACUUCCAGAAGAGGAGAAACAGAUUAAGAAGCAAAGCAUACUCGUGGAACUUGUGAAACACAAGCCCGAGAUCACUAAGGAUCAGGCCAAGACCAUCAUUGCUGAUUUCAGAGCAUUCGUGGAGAAGUGCUGCAAAGAUGCCAACCAGGAAGCCUGCUUUGCUGCAGAUGGUCCCAAACUGGUUGCUUCAGUUCAAACUGCCUUAGCUUAAAAAAGAGAUGGACAAGCCCGUACUAGCAUUUCAGUUGACCAGUGGAAGAAAACAGAGACUGAACUGAGGACCCAAAAUUCAUGCAUCUGUUUUGUUUCUCUGUUGGUGUCAAAUCAACAAAGUUAAGAAAACAUCAAUUUUGCCUUAAUUUUUUUAUCCUUCCCCAGUGUUGCAAUAAAUGCAUAAACAAUCA